CCUUCAUCACUGGACAGUCAUCAUUUAACUUUGUUUUGUUUUUUUUAAGUAUAGUUGAUUGAGAAAAGUAACAGACGAGCUGCCUUGUUGAAAGCAGCUCACUACUGGACUCCAAAAUGAAAGCAGGGAUUUGCCUUCUUCUCUUAUGUGAAGUGUGCAUUGAAUUAAGCACAUCUCUUGGCAAGCCUGGAAAUCGAAAGAAAGAUAAAGAGAAGAGUUGCUGGCCCAAUCAUGAGAAAGCACAUAGCACUAUGGACCAACUUCUGCAUAGAAGCACGGCAGAGCCAUUUGCCAAGCAAGACUCUCUAGAGUUCACUCUUUACAACCUCACUGAAAAGAAUACGGAUUUUGGAUUCAAUCUCUACAGGAAAAUAGCACUGAAGCAUGACAAUAACAUGUUCUUCUCCCCGCUCUCUGUGUCAUUUAUGAUGGCUGUCUUCAUGCUCGGGGCUGAAGGGGAAACCUACAAGCAAAUCGUUCAGGGUACAAACCUCCAUCUUUUUCAGGACAAAGAGAAUUUUCAUCCAUUGCCAGCUUUGUUUAAACAACUGAAAGAUAACAUCACAGAGAAUGAAGAGCUUGAUCUGCAGAGAGGUAGUUUUUCUUUUAUUCAAAAAAAUUUCAGACUCAAGGAGCCUUUCCUUAAUCAAUCCAAGCAGUACUUUGAUAUGGAAUUCUUAAGUGUGGAUUUUCACAACUCCACCCACGCAAAAAAUGUCAUAAAUCAGAAUAUUAACAAGAAGACCAAAGGAAAAAUCCCAAAGUUUUUUGAAAAACUUGACCAGCAUGCUAAAAUGGUUUUUGUGGAUUACAUUCUCUUUAAAGGCAAAUGGCUGCACCCAUUUAAUACAAGGUUCACAGAACUGGAGACUUUCCAUAUAGACAAGUAUAGGAACGUACAGGUGCCCAUGAUGUUUAAAUCAGACAAGGUUGCCUCAACUUCGGAUAAGAACUUAGGAUGCAUUGUGCUAAAACUUCCCUACAGAGGGAGUGCACACAUGCUUAUUGCCAUGCCGGAAAAGGAGGGAGAUUACGCUUCACUUGAAGACCACAUAACAGCAGAGCUUGUGGAAUCAUGGCUUAGAAACAUGAAGACCAGAAAAAUGGACAUUUUCUUCCCAAAAUUCAAAUUAGACCAGAAAUACCAGAUGCAUGAACUGCUUCAAGCUCUUGGAAUUAAAAACCUGUUCACAAGGAAGGCAGACCUGAGUCAACUUACAGAUCAAAGAUUUGUAAAAGUAUCAAAGAUUAUCCAAAGAGCAGUAAUUGAAGUGGAUGAGAAAGGAACUGAGGCAGCAGCUGCUAGUGGGUCAGAAAUUACUGCAUACUCAAUGCCUCCUACCAUCAAAGUGAACCGGCCAUUCCUCUUUAUGAUUUAUGAAGAAACUUUCAAAACAUUGCUGUUCAUGGGCAGAGUGGUUAAUCCUACAGAACUGUAAAUGAAGACCAUAGUUUCUAGUCUAUUUCUGGUAUAUUCCAAGUUUUUUUAUUUUCUUGAAACUAUUACAUUGCAUUAGUUAGAACUGAAAACUUGCUAGAUAUGAAAACAGAUUUAUUUCACAUCUCAAAUCAUCAGCAUGUCCUACUAAAUUAUUUUUGUUAAUGCCCAAGCGGCAAGAUUAUCUAGUUGAGGCAAUAAUUGUGACAAAAUAGAGAUUUGUUCAAAAGCUGCAUGUUAUUUUAUAUAUUUCCUAAAGUACUCCUUCUGACAGCCAUCUAACGGUAGGUUUAAGAUUACCUAUUGUAUACUAUAAGAAUCAGUUCAAAUAUUUUACUCUGAGCUAAACUAGAUAUUUCUGUAUAUGUGCAAAUUCAAUAAAAUGUUUGAGGUAAA